AUGAAACCAGAAAUUUUAGUUAUGAAAACAAUAGAAGCCGUUUCAACAGCUUCCCCAACUGUAAUAACUUUCAAUGCGGCGGUUGCAGCAACUGGUGGAAUAUCUGCCGCAGUCAAAGCUGCCAACGCAAAGAAAGCAGCUGAUGCUAAAGCCACUGAAGAAAAACAGACAAAAUUUAGCUAUGGAAAAGGAAGCACGAGGUUCAGGAGUGGGAGAUAUGAUAGGUACAAUAAAAGAAUUCGGAAAAGAUUUGGGGAAGAAACCAAGAAAACUGUUAAACAAGGAUUAAAUAAAUUAGUAGAUAGUAUUGACACAGGAGAAGUCAAAGUUAAACAUAAGGGUAAUGGAAUAUUUUUAAAAAAAAUACACACUGGAGGAGGAUUAUUUCUUUCACAGUAUAAAGGAGAAGGAAUGAUUUUUGGAAUAAAAUAA